AGAUCAGGCGCCGACUUAUAAUUUCAACAAAGAGAGCAUUACCGCCUUCCAAAAGGCACUUUGCUGCUUUAUUAAGGUGAAAUAUGUGGCUUGAGUGCACGUUUAACUGUACACGUUUAUCUUUCAGCGCUACGGCCACGUGGUCCUCACACGCUAAGUAUUCUGCGUGGUACUUAUGCUUGCAAAUAAAAAAAAAAAAAUUUAACGCAUUGCCUCAAACUUGAUACAGUUGUAGUUAUUCUCUGUGCGAUAAAAUUCUAGUGCAGUUAACUUACUCGUUGAAGCAGGCGACUAGAUGGCCCGCACUGCAGGUUCACAACGUUCCAGGGUGAAGGCAGCGGCGAAGUGGUCCGCGUCAGUUUGAAGGCUUUGCGUAGAAGGAAGCGCCGCAGGAAGUGUGGCGAACGUUAGUCGCACGUAGUGGAUUGGCGAGGGGUGGCCGGUUGGCGGCGGCUCACUGCUCAACCUACCCAUAAAUUGUGGACCAGCCCAAAAUUGUUGAUGAUGAUGAUAAUUAUUGAGGGAAAAAAAGAACACUGCGUGGCCACCGUGGAUGCCGUUAUAUUUUCUGAGUUCAUAACUGAUACGAGCGGAUGGAUGCACGCUAGGAGCCACGGUGGAGAAACGUUGCAAGUAGCACAGCCAGUCUUUUCAAGACUCAUUGAAUUAAUUUUAGGCUGGCGUUGCGCGCACUCGUUUGUUCGAGCAAGUCUACUUCCAAAACAACUAAAAUAAAUAUAGAAGCCAAGCCAAGCUUAGCUAUUAGACGAGUUAGUACAUAGGCUAUAGUUAGUACCAUUCAAGCAUGUCCUAAAAUACCGUGCAAAAAACCAGCGAUGGUAAAAAAAAAUUGGGUUAUUCAACAAAAAAUGCAACGCAACUUGUAAAACGUUUAAAAUUAGAAAAAAAAAGACAUUGUGCUUAUCGCGUACUGGGCCAAGACAAGCCGGCAAGUGAAAGUAACACUGAUAACACGUUGGUUUGGUCCGAUGUCCGUCCAGUCCGAUUUCACGUGCUUUUUCGAGCAUGUACACGAACGACUACGCGUAUUCGAUUAGGCACUAUAAUUUUAUGGUGUACGUAGUAUGCUAAUAUUCUACGGUAUAGGUUUUAGGGCGCUUGGCUUAGUUUCUUGGUGUCGGCGGUGUUAGCGCUUCAACGUCUUGGAUCGGCAUGUUUACUGCGUGCUGUUAAAUCACUGCUUGGAAGGCGUUUCUCGGUGUUCGAACCUAAAGCGGACGUUUCUUUCUUUUUCUCGUCGCGAUGGCGCUUUUGAGACCGGCGUGGCGGUCCGUGCUCCAACGCCUCAACGGCGCGGCCUUCAACCGAAGCGGGCGCGUACUAACGUCGGCGGCACAGGCCCCGGCGCGACCGCUAAGCUGCGAAUCCGACCGUCAAGCAGCGCACAGCCGGAACCCGUUCUUCAGCAAGUACGCCGACAAGAUUCGAGAGCUGGAGCGGCGAGAUCCGGACGCGCUGAAACGUCGUCUGGACGACGCAUCUCAAAAGAAGAGUACGGCGAACGCGUCUUCGAGCACCGAGCAAGCGGCACCCAGUAAAGGCUCCGAGAACCGCGAUGCCGGCGCCCGCGAAGACGGCCGUAGUCGUGCUACAGACGGCGACGAAAAGGUGCUGCAGCCGGAACCGACCUACGUGCGACCCUCCAAGUUCGACGCGGAUACGAUACGCGAACUACGUUCCCGCUGCGAGACUGUCUCCGACCUCACGGACGCCUGGAGACGCUUGCACGCCGACAGGGACGCUGUGUGCGCCGUCAUCCCCAGUUCGGUGUACGAAAUGAUCCGCGAGCGAGCCAAGGACUACCCGGUGUUCCUCUACCCUCUGCCGAGGAAAGCCGGCGGCUACGAGUUCGUGCUGUCGCAGUUCUUGGGCGACCAGUGUCACAUGACGCCGCUGGCCAGCUACCAGUUGCACGGCAGCGAGGCACCGGCGUGCCUCGCGCUGAGCUACUAUACGCAGCUGGCUUCGAGCCAGGACGGGGCUGUGGUGCUGAUGAGCGGCGAGUAUGACGCCAAGGUGAUCGGUCCGACGGAAGCGCAGUGUCUCGUCAAUCAGUUGCAGCUGUACUACGGCGGUAACGAACUGAGGAAGAAGCUGCUCCUGUGGAACUUCAACCGCGAGGCCCGCUCGUUCAAUUACGAGGCGCUCAUCAGGGAGUUCGAGGCGUCGGCGACGCUAGAGCAGGAAGGUUCCUCCGUGAGACAGAGUUGAAGGAACUCUAUAGAAUUCACGACUUAUAUAGAAUUCGCGACUUGAAAAUAGACAAUGAACACAUCGAUCUCGUAUUGGUGUAUGCGUCUGCUGUCUGCGUUCUCCUUUGUGGCCAACAACCCUCAUAAGAGUACGCAUUGACCAGGCCAAUGCCACCUCUAACUAGGUACAUUAUAGCGGUUCAUACGAAGAAAUAAGGCGCUGUUUUUUGCUGCCCGUAUGGGAAGCACGGCCCGGCACUUUCUAACUUGACGCCUCUCAUAUGGGCGGUGGCAGCGCUUCCAAGCUCUCUCCCAUGCAACAAUAGGUUUGUUCGAUUCCAAAAAAGGUGCACGGCACCGCAAACGAAAAGGUGUAGGUGGUGCCAGUUAUGGUGCGCCGGGCUGCACCCACUCGCUGCAAGGUUCGAGGGUGCAGUGCACCGCGGCGGCACCUUGCCUUGCACCCCGUUCGAUCGAGCACGGGGGUGCAGGGUGCACCGCUGCACCUCGGGCAAUCGAAGGUCUCAGUGCGCUGUUAAUAGGUGUGUAAGGUGGAGACAAACUUGGCUGAAUCGAGUAAACCUAAAUGUGGCCACUAGAGGCACUGAUGUCUAACUACACUGGGACCCAACUCUGACCAUGCCGGUAGUGCAGGGCCUUGGCAUGCUCAGUUGUGAGGUUACGUUCUCCUUUGCAAGUGGUUGAUUUGUCACCAAUACAUUUUAAGUUUCGCUUGUUUCUUCGGGCUUCUGCUAAAUCUUGCAAUUAUGCAGUUCUGUUGUGUGGCGCUGCGCUUGCAGAAACGGCAGACUUUUCGUCUUGUAGGAUUUUGUCGCACGGCGAAUGGAAAACGUCUGCAUACUUGCGUGACCUUUCAGUGUUGGCACCCGAUUUCCACAAAGCUGCUUCUUUCGAGCAGUUGCACUAGGAACUUAAGCUGCCUGUAAUUAAGCCAUACCCGAUAAAAUGCUGCCUGCAUAUA